GUUUUAUUGUUGCUUGGCUAGUGUCCGCGAGCGCAGGUUAAAAAUCUGUUACCGCCGGGAAUAUUUACAAUGUUUAUUGACAAAAAUAUGUUGUGCGGUUAAUAUUUUUUUGACAUCAAUCGUCAUUUAAUUGGUAAACGGGGAAUUAUUUUGAUUGAAUGAAAAAGAAUAUUUUUUCGUAAUUGGAUUUAACAACAAAUUUCGUGUGUUUGUGCAAUAGCUUGACAUUCGCCCCGGUAUAAUUAAGGUGGAAAAAAAUUGCUAAAUUUAAUUACUUUAACAUUGAAACAAUUGACUGAAAUAACAGAUCAUUUGGAAUGACUUUUUAAUUCGAUACGCUGAACAUUGUUCGUAUGCUCGUGAAUUUUUCAUUCAACACGAUUGGCUAAUUAAAGUGAUUGCAUUUUGUGUAAAAUAAAAUUUUAUUUUCCGUUAAUUUCCACUAACAACUGACAACUCAACAGAAAAAUCUACAUCAUCGAUCUUGAUAAAAAGGAUUAUUUAUUUAUGUACCCGAGAGACUCUCAUCACAACGACCUGUUCGGGCAAUACAUUUUCAAUGUAGUGCGCGAGAUACGUUUAUAAUACAAUGAUAAUCAUAGAUUAUGCCAUGCGAUACUUUUCAAGUGACUAUUAGGCACCAGUAAAUCUAAUAAAAUUUUCGCAGUGUGUGAUUAACAAUUUCUAUAUCAUACAAUUUAUGAUUUCAAUUCGAAAACAAUAAAAUUGGUUCCGCUUAAAUUCCAAUGUGCCUGUACUACAUAGUUUGUUUGAUUAAUUAUUUCGAAGUCGAAGAAAAGUUCACAACACAAGUAUAGUAAAAAAAAACAAUCCAUAAAGAAUGUGCACCGCAAAGAAUGUUAAACCAGAAGCAAGCAAAAAGAUAAAAUAAAAAAAAUCUCAAAACAAAAUUUUAACGUUCAAAUUAAAAAAUGUACACGCAUUUGUGUUCACUUCAAUAAAGGCGAUUAUAAACGUUUAGUUUUGUGAUCACAAAUUCGAUAGUUUAAUUCUUCAACAACAACAAAAAAAAGUUUGUUACUACGUGCUGAUGCAUUGCAAACAGUUAUAAUAAUUAUGUGAACCGAGCUGUUAAGUGUUUUUUUGUGACAAAAACGUAUAAAUAAUACCGGAAUAAAGAACUGUUAAGUUAUGGGAACGUUCGUUUCACUAAAUGUUUGGCCAUGAAUAUGGUUUUUCUAAAGGAUUUUACCACCAAACUGAAAGGAUAUUUCAAUGGCGAUUACAUCAAACAUCCAGUAUUGUAUGAGUUGAGUCACAAAUAUGGAUUUCCUGAUAACUUUCCGGAGAGUUCACUUCCAAAUCGUUUGGAGGAAAUCAAAGAAGUUAUUCGCCGUGAAAUAAGGAAGGAAUUAAAGAUCAAAGAAGGAGCUGAAAAAUUACGAGAAGUUGCGACAGAUCGACGUUCACUCAAUGACGUUGCAUCCAUUGUUAAGAAAAGCAAUAACAAAAUAGCUGAAUUAAAAUCUGAACUAAGUGAAUUGGAAAGCCAAAUUUUAUUGACCCAGGGAAACAGUGUCAGCAACGGUCAAGACAUACCACAAUCGCAACUUCAACCAUCAAGUGGUAACGAUACCACUCCAAACGACAAAUUGCUCACAUCACUUGAAAAACAGCUCAGCAUCGAGACGAAAGUCAAAAAUGGCGCCGAAAAUAUGAUCGAAACGAUCGGUCAUCAUGGGCGUGAUAAAAAAUUACUGGUCGAAGCUCAACAAAUGUUGGCCGACUCAAAAGCCAAAAUUGAAUUCCUUCGAUUGCGUAUAAUAAAAGUGAGACAGAAUCGCCAAUUGAAGCAGGCAACGGAAGAGAAUGGCGACGGAAAGCAACGCAUGGAAACUACACUGGAAGAACGCGUCGAAGAGUUGCUGCAUCGUUUGCGUAUUGAAGCGGCCGUUGUUGCAGGUGCCAAAAAUGUGAUUAGAAUUUUGCAGAACAACAAAGUGCCGGAUAAAAAGCAAUUGCAGGCGGCCCAAGUGCGACUGUCCGAGUCAUCGAAGAAAUUAGAUCUACUCCGUUACUCGUUGGACAUUCGCCGGCAUGAAUUGCCACCAGAUUCGGCAGCCGCCCAGCAACUCAAACACGAACUUCAAAAUGUGCAAGCGUCGAGUCCGGUUCCCGUUGCAUACACAUCACUUCAACCAUUUCAACGCGUUGGCAUGGAAGGUAAACCCUACCACAGUAUAUCGUCACUGGGCCGAUGCGCUGCUGUUACCGGUAAACUAGAAGUAAGACUAAUGGGCUGUCAAGCACUACUUGAAGAAGUACCUGGACGAUCGCGACGAGACAAAGACAACAAUUCCAGUCCGGGUGAUCUACGCAGUUUUGUCAAAGGCGUUACAAGUCGCAGCUCAUCAAAAAGCUAUAGUGUUAAGGAUGAGACGUCAUUAGAAAUUAUGGCUGUCAUCAAAUUAGAUAAUAUAACAGUGGCUCAAACAUCAUGGAAACCGUGCUCACAACAGGCAUGGGAUCAACGUUUCUCAAUCGAUCUAGACCGAUCCCGCGAAUUAGAAAUUGGAAUUUACUGGCGCGAUUGGAGAUCAUUGUGUGCCGUAUGCUUUUUACGUUUAGAAGAUUUUAUCGAUGACAUACGACACGGUAUGGCAUUGCAAUUGGAGCCGCAAGGAUUACUGUUUGCUGAAAUCAAAUUUUUAAAUCCAAUGAUCUCAAGAAAGCCAAAACUACAGCGACAACGCAUGAUAUUCAAUAAAGCACAAGUCAAAAAUAUCCCACGUGCUAAGCAAAUGAACAUUAACAUCGCGACCUGGGGUCGUCUACUGAAACAAAAGCAACAAACGAAUAAAAGUCUGGAAACCGGCGUUCCAACACCAACCUCACCAAAUAUUGAUGGAUUCACGUCAGCCGGUCAACCACUUCAGCUUGUCUUCGAUACGUCAUCCGACGAUUUUGAAACCGUGGUGGCGCCUGGCGAGAACCCAGACAUCAAUGUUAUCGGUUUGAGUGGCGCUCGUCCAUUAGGAAUGCAAGGUGUUAGUACCCUUCCACCGGAUAGUCCUGUAGCGAACAACCAACAGAGUCCAAAUAAUAAUGUUGUUUUACCGCCAAAGCCGUUAAAUUUACAGCCAACUAGUUUCCGCCAGAAAAAGCCACCGAUGCCUUCACCGCCGCAGACUAGUCGGAUGGACCCUGAACUGCAGAGCGCAUUAAGAGAAUUCGAUUUUCUCCAUCACGUUGAUCGUACAUCGUCAUCGACGGCAUCGAAUCGUGGCUCUACAACGCCGACUACCGAACCGAUGCACCAACAGCGACCGCAUAUUCGCAUAUCGCCGGAUACGUACCAUCGUCCGUUAUUGUCGAUGCCACCGGUUAUUCUGAUGGGACCCAGUGGCAAUAAUGGAUCAAUGCCGGUUAGUCCGAUUGUGGAAAUGCCACCAUCGCCAGCGCCCAGCGAAAUGAUGUUUGUUGAAUUUCCCGAAGAUGAUUACGUCGAGGUUGUCCAAACAUUCGAUAACAUAUCGAUUAACAAAAAUUCGCAAUACGUGCCGCCAUCGCCGAUCAUUCAACAGCCUGUUACCCCGCAAUAUUAUUCACAUCAACAGCCACCACCGUUGCAUCCGUACACAUCUUCGUCAUCAUCACAAUUGCCACAGUCAUCCAUUCAUCAACAACAGCAGCAGCAACAACAAGCAUCUGUUCCACGUUCUCAGUCAAACCAUCAACUAGAAAUUGCUCAGGCAGCAGCGGCGGCAGCAUCGAGACGUCAACAAGUCUCACGUGGUUUACAAUUCAAAGAGAACUCGAUCGAAGUUCGUAAACCCUCAUCAGCUGGAUUGUCGGUGGACAGCUUUAGGCUGUUGAGUGUGUUGGGUCGAGGUCAUUUUGGCAAAGUUAUUUUGUCGCAGUAUAAGAACACUGAUGAAUAUUUUGCUAUAAAGGCGUUGAAGAAAGGCGACAUCAUCGCCAGAGAUGAGGUGGAAUCAUUGCUGAGUGAAAAGCGAAUCUUUGAAGUGGCUAAUACAAUGAGACAUCCGUUCCUUGUCAAUUUGUUCGCAUGCUUCCAAACAGAGUUGCACGUUUGCUUCGUCAUGGAAUAUGCUGCAGGUGGUGACUUAAUGAUGCACAUCCACACCGACGUGUUUACGGAGCCGAGAGCCGUAUUUUAUGCAGCUUGCGUUGUCUUAGGUCUUCAAUAUUUACACGAAAGCAAAAUCAUUUACCGAGAUUUGAAGCUGGACAAUUUGCUGUUGGACACUGAGGGCUAUGUGAAAAUCGCUGAUUUUGGUCUGUGCAAAGAAGGCAUGGGCUUCGGUGAUAGAACAGGCACUUUUUGCGGCACGCCAGAAUUUCUGGCUCCGGAAGUUUUGACUGAAACGUCAUAUACGCGAGCUGUGGAUUGGUGGGGCUUGGGCGUAUUAAUAUUUGAAAUGUUGGUUGGAGAGUCGCCGUUCCCUGGUGACGACGAAGAGGAGGUGUUUGAUUCGAUUGUCAACGAUGAAGUUCGUUACCCUAGGUUUUUGUCUUUGGAAGCGAUUGCUAUUAUGAGAAGGUUAUUACGAAAAAAUCCCGAAAGACGAUUGGGCUCAUCCGAACGAGAUGCCGAAGAUGUGAAAAAGCAAGCGUUCUUCCGUCAUAUCGCAUUCGACGAUCUGCUAUUACGUAAAGUGAAACCACCAUUUGUUCCGACAAUUCGACACAUGGAGGAUGUGUCCAAUUUCGAUGAAGAAUUCACAUCCGAAAAGCCACAAUUAACACCGCCAAAGGAACCGCGUCAUUUAACAACGGAAGAACAAAAUUACUUUAAGGAUUUCACUUAUAUGGCUGAUUGGUGUUGACCCAGUGAUGACUGGCAUUGGAAUGUUCCGUCUUCGAUGGAUGAGCUGGUGAAUGCGGAGUAAUUGAUGAAUGAUUUUUUCUUUUGAGGAAUAGUUAAGAAGCAGUGGAUAGAAAGAG